AUGAUACCGGCGAACAACAAGCCCAGUCAUUCCAUGGGGUGUCGUGCUAGGCUCGACCAGACAUCGUAUGUUAUGUGGAUAUUUGGCGAUAUCGAUGCUGAGACUUGGGAUGAUGCUGCUGUCAAUGACAUGGUGAAUGAAUUGCCUAGUAACCACUCGCCCUAUUUUGCUCCUGCAAUCCAGCCGACGCUACGGACAGGCGUGGAUGCUUUGGCCCUCGGCGCUUUGACAUUCUUGAAGCGGAAAUGA